GAGCUCAAUAUUAUUCAACUAGACCCUCUUCACAGACUGCUGAUAUCUGCUGAAUUGUGAAGGUCUUCUGUGAGGUUGAUACAGUGAUGAAUUCCAGGAUGGCGAUACGUGUGAUUGUGUUUCUAACACUUACUGGACUGUGUGUCGCUGAUUCCAAAGGGAAUCUUGCUCUUAAUGCCAAGGCUGUGCAGUCCUCCUUAGGCCACCCACUGGGAGAUGCUCAACACGCAGUAGAUGGAAAGAGAGACUCUGAUUACUUUAAGGGCUCAUGCACUCACACUAAUUCUGAGUUUAAUCCAUGGUGGAGAGUUGACCUUGGAAAUAUCUACAGUGUAUACAGCGUUGCCAUCACUAAUCGUGGAGACUGUUGCAAAGAGCGGCUUAGAGGAGCUCAGAUUCACAUUGGUAACAGUCUGGACAACAACGGAAACAACAAUGCGCUGGCUGCAACUAUCCUCAGUGUUCUUGAUGGCACAGGAACAUUUUCAUUUGAUCCUGUUAAUGGCCAAUAUGUCAACAUUUUUUUACCUGGUAAUGAUGAAGUCCUUACUCUGUGUGAAGUCGAGGUGUUUGCAGAAAAGUACACACCAACCUACAUUUGUGUUCCAAAGAAUCUUGCUCUUGGAGGAACAGCUGUCCAGUCUUCCACAUACGAUGGAUUAACAGUUGCUCAAAAUGCUGUAGAUGGCAACAGGACUCCAAAUUACAUUAGUAGAUCAUGCAGUCAUACUAAUGCGGACAAGGAACCCUGGUGGAGAGUUGACUUGCUGGAUGUCUACAUGGUAACCAGGGUUAGCAUCACUAAUCGUGGAGAUUGUUGUGCAGAGAGAAUAAAUGGUGCUCAGAUCCGUAUCGGCAACAGCCUGGCAAAUAAUGGCAACAAUAAUCAGCUGGCUGCGACUGUUGUGUCCAUCCCACCUGGAGACACAAAAACAUUUGAGUUUAAGCCUAUUAAGGGACGAUAUGUCAACAUUUUUGUACCUGGUCGCAAUGAAUAUCUCACACUGUGUGAGGUUGAGGUGUUUGCAGAUGAUAAAUAAAAGUUCAAGUGGAAUGAGAUGAUGUUACACCACAGUCCUCUGAUCCUAUAAGCAAAAUACCAAUACCAAACUACUGUUUUCUGAGCAAUACUAUUUUUGCACUUUUUUCAUUACUUUCAUUUGACCUGUGCACCUUUUAUUCUUAAGAGCUGUUUCAGUAAAGGUUGAAAUGAUUUUUAAAAUGCACCUGUUUCUCAACCCUAGUUUGAUCAAGCGGGUUGCGUAUAUUUACCCAUCUUUGUUUAUCUUUGCUUUCUACAUGAAUAAAUUACUUCAGCAUUGCA